UGGACUUGUAACAAAAUAAUAGUCAACAAAGCUUUUUUUAUAAAAACAAAUUGUUUGAAAAAAUACAAAUAUUAUAUCAAGCAACUUGAUAACUGAUGAAAAUGGAAUCAAGAAAAACACGUUUAUACUCUAAUUGCCAACCAACACAAAUGAGAAAACCAAAUAUUAAAAAUAUAUUAUUAUCAAGAUCUAAUGAAUUAUCAAAUACAUGUCCAUUCAUUUCAUUUUUUCAUGGACCAACUAAAUCAGAGUUUGCGUCUCAACCUGAAACACCUGUGACCAUUAAAUUAAUACCAAAAGAAAGUGAAACAAAAAAUACAGAAAUUCAAUGGCAACAUACAACUGAUAGUGUUGAACAAGAAAAUAUUGAAACGUCAGUUAAAAAUUCAUCAGAAUCACGUGUUAAAAAUCGUAAAACAACUCGCUCAAUUUUUAAACAAGCUCUUGAAGCAGUUGUUCAACAAGUUGAAUCAGAAAAAGCAAAAACAAAUAAUGUACCAAUUGUUAAUUCAUCAGUACCAUUAUUUUCACCAGACUCAUCAGUAUCACCAGCUCCAAGAUUUUGUUUAAAUGACAAGAUAAAUCAUCAAGAUGAAAAAAAUAAAACUGACUGCAGGAUGGAUUCAUCAACCACUACUAUUACAAAAAUGAAUUCUCAAUAUCCAAAGGCACAUGAACUAACAAAAGCUUCAAAAAUACUUGAUGAAAAUAAAAAUGAAGUUGAUGAUUUGAUAAAAAAAAUUUCAUGUGUAAUUAAUGACUAUCCUUCUGGUGUUUUUGAACAUCAAUUGCCAGUCUAUUACAAGCAGCGUUACAACGAAAAAUUAACAAAAUCUUGGGUCAAAUUGAUUGAUCAAAUGGAUCUCAAAAUGGAGCCUAGUGUUGGAUCAUUCAAUAUUAUAAUCAGAAAGUAGUUGGUGCCUCUG